AUGAAAGCAAAUUCAAACUAAUUCACCUUUGAGCUCAUGAAUGAAAACAGAAUUAAGAAAGUUGAUCGGUGCGAUGCCAUUACUUUUAAUAAAGAUUAAUCUUUGGUGUUAGCUGGAUGUGGUUAGGAUAUUAGAGUAUUUCAACAUUAAUAAGGGAAAUUGAAUGAAAUUAAUAUACUAAAAGAGCAUAAAGAUUAUGUUUAGGCUCUAAACUUUAUGAACAAGACUAAUAAUUUUUCAUCUGGAAGUCUUGACAAAUCAAUUCUAAUAUGGUAGGUAAUUGGCCAUAAUUAAUGGAGUUGCUAAUAAAUAUUAAACGGACAUUAAAAUAGUAUAUUUUGUGUAGUGUUAAAUAAUAAUGAUGAUCUAAUAAUAUCUGGUAGUUUUGAUAAAACAAUCAAAUUUUGGAUGAAAUAAAAUUAAUGGCUAUGUUAAUAAACCAUAACAGAUCAUACUAAUUAUGUAUAUUCAUUAAGUUUAAAUGAACAAUAAAAUAAAUUGAUAUCCUGUUCAUAUGAUUCAUAAAUAUUAGUAAUAUAAUAGUCUAAGUGGGAUAAAAUUUGGAGUGUUACAUAAAAGAUAAAAGUUGAUUAAUAUGGAUAACGAUUAUGUUUUAUUAAUGAUAUUUAAUUUACAUUCUAACCUUUUCAUAAAGAAUAAAUGCAUGUGUAUGAAUUAGAUACUAAUAAUAAAUAGUAUAUGAAGACUAAGGAAAUUGCUGUAAAGUGUGGCUCAAAUAGUUGUGAUUGUUUAUUUCCAUAAUAAUACUUAAAGUCAAAAUCCCUACUUGUGAAUAAGAAUGGCAAGAAUGUAAAUCUAAUAAAGAAGUAAGAAAAUGGAGACUUUAUAACUUUAAAAUCUAUUGAAUUUGAUAGUCCUUAUCUCUAUGGGCAAUUGAGUGAUGACGGAGUUUAUUUGAUCACUUGGGACUUAAAAUCAAAGGAAAUUUAAGUAAGGAGGUAUAAGUAAUUAUGA